AUGAGCACCACGAGAUGCUAUAAACCAGGGUGUAAUCAAGAAGUUGAGAUUUCAUGCAGCUGCACUUCUCCUGAGAUCUAUUCUUGCAAUGAGCACUUAAAGGAGCAUUGCACAUCUAAAGGCAACCAUAAUUUCGACUCAAUAUUUUAUGAGCCUGCUGAAAGCACAAAAAUAGCGAUCUCUAGCCUUCUUGCAGAAGAAAGUCAAAAUAUUGAGAAAAUUAAAAGAGAUAUUAUUACUACCUUUUAUCAAACUCUUUUAACCUAUGAAAAUAUUUUUAAAAAAACUCUAAAAGAAAUCGACUCUGAUAUUACAAAAAUGCACAGUUCUGCUGAAAAAAUCUCUCAAGUAAAAAGGCUAUCAAAAUUCGAGAAAGAUGCAGAUUUAAAUUUACUAGCUUUGCAGCCAAAUGAAGCUGCUAAGAUAGCUAAAAAAAUUUUACAGAGAAAUCAAAUAAAAAUUUCGAGCUGUUCUGCGAAAUGGGAGGGAAGAUUAAUAAAAUUUUUCGAAGUUUUGAUGAAAAAAUCUAGAUACACUUCAAGUGAAAUAAUGUUUGGAUUGAAAAGUCUUGAAGAGCGUCUGAACUUUGAGAAAGAGCUAAUGGAUAUAUAUUCUGAGUUAAAUAUAUAUAAAAAUAUGCUUACUCCCCCCUCUGUGAGUGAACAAAAAAAUUUUGUUCACUCACGGAGGGGGGGUUAAUCCUUUCUUUUAAAAACAAUUUAUAUAUAAAUUUUUAUAAAAAAAAUUUUUUUUUCGAAAUUUAAAAAAUCCUAAUUCACAAAAUUGGAAAGCAAAUAUUAAUUUAAUUUAUAAAAUUUAUGUUUUAAAAAGCGAUUCGUUCAAAAUUAAAACAGAAUUAGCUCUAGAUUUUCAUUAUAAUAAUUAUCACUUAUAUAUCAAAUUUUUUUUUUCCAUAAAAAAUUUUUUCUAUUAAAACAAUUUUUGUUCACUCACGGAGGGUGGUUUUUGGGCAAAAAAUGCCGAUUUUUCUAAUGGUUUUGCUCACUCACGGAGGGGGGAGUUAGAGUUGAUCCAACUAAUGUGAAUGCAUACAAUUGCAUGGAAAUAUCUUCCACAAUGAAAAGAGAUGUGAAGAAGCAUUACAAUAUUAUAACGAUGCAAUUAGAUUUGAUGCAAAUAAAACAAUUUACCAUAAUAAUAAAGGACAUGCUCUUAAAGAGCUAG